GACUGCUCGAGCUACGUGCCAGUUAGCUACUCGAGAGUGAAGUAGAGUGACCUUGCCCGAAGGCUGCUCUCUCUCUAGAAGAGACGACGUCGGCGUCCGGAUCGGCGUCGGCGUCCGGAUCAAUAUACACGGUGGACGUCGAGAACGCGUGCGCGCCGCGGGAUAGGCCGAUCCGGGUCCCGAGAGCUGUCAGACCACGAAGAGACGACGAGUGACUCUACUCUAGUUGCGCGCUAGCAAGAGGCCGACCUCUUCGACUCAAGAGCUACCCCCGAGCGCGAGAAUCGAUUCUCUUUCUCUCUCUCUUGCUCUUUCGCUCUCUGCCUAUCUCUCUCUUCCUCUCGGCAACGCGACGGACCUGCUCCACUUUUUUUUCUCUAUUUCUAUCCAUCUAUUUGCCUUGGAGUCUCCUCGUCCUCCUUCCUUCUCGUCAUCGUUCCUCUCUGCUCCUCGAGAGUGCCGUUGGAGAAGAAGUCUGGGUACACCUGGUGAUCAACGACAGCGACUGCGGAAGACGCGUCAACGUCGCAAAUCACGACUUAUGCGUCUGUACCGAGCAGAAACAUCCAGGAUAUCAUCCAGAGGGAAAGGAUCGGUGUGUAGCAAAGGCGGCGGCGACAGCAGGACACUAUCAUCCGACCGGCGAUCAUUAAACGGCAACACCAUCACCACUCACGAUCAUUUGUUUUUGCGCGAGUUAACCAGCGAGUUAACAUCAACAUCAUUACCAACCUGGUACCACCGAUUGCCGGGCUUUCUUAGGGCGACGAGCGACGGACACGCAGCGUGUAUGAUCAUUGAAGACUACCCCCCUACCCCACCCGCCACCGCCAAACCGAGGCAACACUCGAGGCAUCAAGAUACCACCCAACGAUUCUUAAAUCUUCACCUGGUCCUGCCCAAGCACAGGACCUCAAAAUUUUCCAGUAAUAGGCAUCGAAAGCUACAGCCAUUCAGAGAAACGUGACUGGCGUCAGCGGGUAGCGGCGCGGCACGCCUUACCGCUAACAAGGAUUACAACCCUGAAAACAGGCAGAACCACCCUGACUCGACACGCUGCUGUUACGAGCGACCACAAACAGGCGGCAGUCGUUGUCUAUUAUUGGCCACUGCCGGCUAUCAAACUGCCGCUGGCUCGAAACGUGCGACAGAGGCGAUUUAGAAGAACUAGGACGAAGACAUUACCUACCUGAAAGAAAAAGAUCGAAUAGUGAAUCCUCUCAGGCUGCUUGAGAAUUGAUUUUUUUCGUUGCGAUUUGUUAACAUUUUCACAACGACGUCUCAUCGGAAAUUACUGUCGAUCAGAGAAGUUGAGUUUAUCAAAAGCAAGAGAAGGCGGAAACAGUCAUCA